AUGGCGCAGUCGUCUGAGAUGACCAGGGCAAGACUUAAUGGGGCAGGAACAACGGCCAACCCAAGGAAGCGAAACGUUGCUAGGUUUGACCCAGACAUGACCAUUGGCACGCCCGGAAAUGGCGGCCCUGUGGCAAAGAAGCCUCGGAUUUCAGUUAGUGUCGGGGACAAGUCCAACUUUUCCAUCACGCCCUUCUUGAACCGCACUCUCAGCAUCUUGCCAGAAACGCCGGCCGAGGACGAAGCUGAAGAGCAGCGAGAUGACAAUGCAAGCGCCAGUCAGCGUGUUGACGGGUCAGUCGAGGACGAGGACGGGGACGAGAUGCCCAUCAUCAUUCAACGGACACGGGAAGAGCUACCCCCGGCGAAAAAGCCGACUGCGCCAGCAGCUAAACGGAAAGGCGGCCAACAUCUGAAAGAAAGGACCAAUUCAAAGACAAAUAAGACGGUCAAGAAUUCACGGCCUGGCAAGGUCAUUGAGGAGGACUCGGACGUGGAAAGUGAUCGGGAAAAUACACGUAAUAGUGAGGGCCACAAGACGAACGAGGAGACUACAGAGCCAGCAGGUACCGAUCCCACCACUCAGGAGGCAACACGACCUCUCAGGAAGCCAAAGACAUUGGCCAAACGAGCCAACAUCUUUGAUGAAGAGGACAGUGCGCCUGCACCAAAGAUAAGAAUUCUAGGAGGUGGGCUUCCCGUCAAAGGGGACGUGUUGGGCCGUAUCAAUCUCAAGCCCAAAGUGGGCAGAGGGAAACCAUUGACUGAGUUCUCACCCCUUAAGAAGGACCGAAGAGCUGGUAAUGUUACUGAGUGA